AUGGCCGGCAAAAAGCCCGUGAAAGCAAACGUCAAGCAAGAUGACUCCACCAACUUUCCCGGCCUGCAGCAGCAGCAGCAGCAGCCGGGAAGUGUGAAGACUGCGUAUGAGGAGCGCCAGGAAGAAGAGCUGACCGCCCUAGAGGCCAUUUACGGAGACGACUUUGUCCAACACAAGGCUGCGCACAGUGCUUGGAAGAAAUCAGAACCGUCCUUCGAUAUCCGGAUCAGGGCGCCCUCAGAUGAAGACGUCGCUUUGACUUUGGGUGUUGUGUUGACCGCAACGUACCCCAAAUCAGUACCGUUGCUUACGCUCAAAGACCGCGAUGGCCUGCGGGAUUCGACCGUGUUCAAAGCACAGAAAUAUCUCGAGAAGAACGCCAAAGAACAUGCCGCCGAGGACACGGUUAUGAUAUAUCUGCUUGUGGAGGGGAUCCGCGAGAUAUUGGAAGAUGCAGCCAUCGCCAAGGCACAAGGCCUGGAGCUGCCCUCCUUGGAGGAAGAACGAGCAGCCCACGAAGCUAAGAUCGCGCAGGCUGCUCUGGACGAAAAGCAGCAGGAGGACCGAAAGCGCCAGGAAGAGGCGCUGGAGGAGGAGCGUGCUCUCGGAGCCCUGGUGGAACAGGAACGCGAGCGCCAGCGCACCAAGGCCAAGGAGCUGCGGAAGAAGAACAGGAGCCACAUUGGCAGCACCAAGUCUCCCGAGCGUGCUUUUGGUUCCGAAGCUCCCGACGAAGCCAUGGUAUUCGACGAGCCGUGUGAAAUGGUGGACACGACCGGAAACACCGUCCAGUUCAAGGCCGUGACUGGUCGAUUCCUCAUGCAUACGGGACCCAUAUCGAAGAUCUAUCUCGUGAAACCUAUACUUCCGGGCGACCAGGACGAGUGCAGCCUGGCGCUCAAACAAACAGAGCUGCAGACAAGCGCCAACGACUCGGUGGCAGUCCUGAAGCAGAUGCAGUCUCUAGAGACCCAGCUGAUCGCUCUGAAACGGCUGCGUCGCCAGAAAGUGCACCGCAACAUUGUCGACGUGAUCGACUUUCGAAUUGACCGGGCGUCUGGCAUGCAAAGUGUGCAAAGUGAUGAGUCACCUGGACAGCCCCAGCCGCCUCCGACCUCGCCCACGCGUACCAAACGGCCCAAGUCUCCUCGGCUAAGCCAGUCCCAAGGCUCGCUCACCCAGCCCCUGCAGCCGCAAGAGCAGACGACAUGGACUGUCAGCAUUCUGAGCUUGAUGUCGGACAAGGGAUCGCUCGAAGAUAUAUUGGAGCUUGCUGGACACCUGGAAGUGACAAAGGUGCGGGCUUGGACCCGGGACCUCCUGGAUGCUCUCGACUUUCUGCACGGUCACGGCCUCCUCCACGAGGAUCUUCACCCAAGCAAUGUGCUGCUCUGUCGGGAUGCCACCAGUGACAUCAUCCCGAAGCUUGCCGACGCCUCUUACCAGCAGCUGAUGCACAGCAUCUACUCGCGCAGUGGUCCCACGAUCGCAUCCACACGCACAGCCCGAUCUGCCUACUGGUUGCCGCCCGAGAUUGCUGGAGCAUCGCGGCCGACGUACACACAGAAAACAGAUGUCUGGGAUUUCGGCCUCAUAUUUCUGCAGAUGGUCUUCGGCCUCGAUGUCCCUCAAAAAUACCAUUCCCCCAAGGACAUUAUGGAUUCGCUCAACUUGUCCGACCCCCUGGCCGAACUGGUGUCCAAGCUGUUUAUGCCGGAUCCCAAGAAGCGGCCACGAGCCUUUGACCUCGGCUCCAGCGAGUUCCUGGCCACGGAUGCACCGAUUUUGUCUGAGGACACGUUCGCAGUGGACGACGCCAUGAUCUCGAUCCCUCAGAGCCUUCCGACCCGGUUCCGGCGCGACUCGACAACGCGGGUGCCGAAAGCGUCUCGUUACCGUGAAGAUUUUAUCGAAGAAGGCCGCCUUGGAAAAGGCGGUUUCGGAGAGGUUGUGAAGGCGAGAAAGAAGCUGGACGGGCAGAUCUACGCCAUCAAAAAGAUUACAAUCACACAGAGCUCCGGAGACAGCCUCACGGUUACCGACAUUCUGAAGGAGGUCCGGCUUCUGUCCCAGCUCAGCCACCCGGCCGUUGUGCGAUACUACAACGCAUGGCUGGAGGAGAUACAUGAUUUUUCCGGCUCGGAAGGUGAAACAGCCACAGAGGGCUACAGUUCUAGAGAGAGGGAGGAUCUGGAAGGCUUUAAUAUCGAGUUUACGAAAAGCGGUGGCUUGGACUUUCUGUCUUCUGGGCCGUAUCCCAACAUCGUGUUCGGGUCCGAUUCGGAUGAGGAGGGGGGCAAUUUUAAUGCCACGGACGAAGACAGCAGCGAAGAAGAAGAGGAAGACGAGGUUGGCAGCUCCGACGACGACGCUUCGAAUACUACGGAGACCAACGACGGAAACAAUCGGAUGCCUGCUCGUGGCUGGUCGCGCACCAGAAGGGGCAGUCAACGGCCGAGUCGUACGAUCAUGUACAUCUCCAUGGAGUACUGCGAGAAGCGGUCUCUUCGGGACCUCAUCGCACGAAAUCUAUCAAAGGACACGCAAGAGGUAUGGCGACUGUUCCGACAGCUUCUCGAAGGUCUGACACACAUCCAUGGACUGGGAAUCGUGCACCGUGACCUGAAGCCAGACAACAUCUUUAUCGGAUCUGGAGCCGAUGGCGUGAACAAUGCCAAGAUUGGAGACUUUGGGCUCGCUACGACGGGCCAGCUUACUGCGGCCGACAAAGCGUUGACGUCUGGAACGAUGGAUGCGACUGACGAAACGAGAAGCAUUGGCACGUCGGUGUAUGUUGCACCAGAGGUUCGAUCGGGAGGCAGCGGGUCUUACACGACCAAGGUUGACAUGUACUCACUCGGCGUGAUCUUCUUUGAGAUGUGCUACCCGCCGAUGAUUGGGAUGCAGCGUGCAGACGUGCUCACGAAGCUCCGAGGGUCUCCUCCUGUGCUGCCGGCAGACUUUAAGCCCAAGGAAAAGUCGCAGGUAGACAUCAUCCAGUCACUUCUGACGCACAACCCAAAGGAACGACCGUCGGGAGCAGAGCUUCUCAAGAGCGGAAAGCUGCCGGUGCAGAUGGAGAGCGAGACGAUUCGACACGCGCUGGCCGAGUUGUCGGACCCGACGUCGCCGUACUACCAGAAGAUGCUGUCGAUGCUGUUUGCACGGCCGGUCGAGCAGGCGAAAGACUAUGCGUGGGACAUGUCUUCGAUGCAGACAGCGCCGAGCUCGCAGGACCUGAUGCGACAGUACACGGUCAAGGAGAUGCUGGUGUCGGUGUUCCGGCGACACGGUGCCGUGGAGACGACGCGCAGCUCGCUGUACCCGAUGUCUUCGCUGUACGGCGGGGCCAACGUGGUGCAGCUGCUGGACCGCAACGGAAAUCUGCUGCAGCUGCCGUUCGACCUGACGAUGGGUAAUGCACGGGCACUGGCUCGAUGCAUCACGGGUGGCGACGUGGUUGCCAAGUCGUACACGUUUGGCAGCAUCUUCCGGGAACGAGCAGGUGGCGGGCAGCCGAGCAUGUUUGGCGAGGUGGACUUUGACCUGGUGACGACACACACGCUGGAUCUGGCGCUGCGCGAGGCCGAGGUGAUCAAAGUGAUUGACGAGAUCACGGUGGCGUUUCCGACGCUGCGGAACAGCCCUCUGUGCUUCCAGCUGGGCCAUUCGGACCUGCUGAAGCUCAUCUUUGACUUCUGUGGCGUGGACAAGAAGGCAAGACGGGCAGUAGCAGACGUUCUGAGCCGACUCAACAUCCACGGCAUGACGUGGGCGAAGCUGCGAGUCGAGCUGCGGUCGCCGCUGGUGGGAGCGUCGACGACGAGCAUCGACGAGCUGCAAAAGUUUGACUUCCGCGACACACCCAGCAAGGCGUUCUCCAAGCUGAAGACGCUCUUCGUGGGCACUGACUCGUACGAGAGAGCGUCAUCGACGCUGGCUCACAUGCGCGAGGUGCACGAGUACUGCAAGCGACUGGGCGUGACCAACAAGAUGUACGUGUGUCCACUGAACACGUGGAACGAGGCCUUCUUCUCGGGCGGGAUCAUGUUCUCGUGCCUGCUUGACAAGAAGGUCAAGGACGUCUUCGCAGCGGGCGGACGGUACGACGGGCUCAUCAAGGAAUACCGGCCGCGGUUUGGGUCCAACAUUCCAGACGAGCGUCAUGCGGUCGGCUUCAGUCUCAACUGGGAGAAGCUGGCCCAGGCACCGCCACGGUCGAGCGGGAAGGCCUUUCUCAAGCGGGCUGCCGAGGAGGAGGCCAACGGGGCUUUUUCAGCGAAGCGGUGCGACGUCCUUGUGGCAAGCUUCGAUCCAACGAUCCUGCGGUCAGUCGGGGUGGAGCUGGUGCGGACGCUGUGGGCACACGGGAUCAGUGCAGAGCUUGCAGGCGACGCGCGGUCGACAGAGGAGCUGGUGUCGAAGAACCGGGACGAGGGUCACGCAUGGAUCGCGAUUGUGAAGCAGGAUGGCGUAGUGAAGAUCCGGACGAUGCCCGCGUCGGCGACCGGCGGUGGGGGUUUGGGCAGCGGCAGCGGCAGCGCAGCAGCGCACCGGAACAACGCACCGGACGUGGAGAUGGCGCUGUCGCAGGUGAUGGCAUGGCUGCGGGCAGAGAUGCGGGAGCGCGAGUCGACGCGAACAGGGACGAUAACGAAAGCAUCGGCGGCGGCGGCAGCGGCAUCGUCCUCGCUAGAGGGCAGCUCAGUAGGCGGCAGCCACGGAUUCGGACACCACGCGGCCAACGAACACGAUGGCUACGAUGGCCAGGACGUGCGAGUGCUCGUAGGCCACAACAAGAGCAAGAAGUUCAACCGGCAGGCAGUCGUGGAGCAGGCACAGGUCAACGCGGCGCGGCUGGUGCGGUCGUUUCUGGCUGGGCCGAUUGCGGCGGUCGAGACGACGGACCAGGUGCUGACCAUGAUCCAGGCCACCUCGCUCUCGGAUCCGGACAGCUGGCGGCGGCUGGAGCAGAACGUGAACACGGUCGAGAAGAAGUACGUGCGCGAGGUGCAGGGCAUGCUCGUGGACUGGCGGACGGCCUACGAGGUGGGCACAGGAUCACGACAUGCUUUCGUGUAUAACUUCCGGACGGGGACAUGUAUCUACUAUGAUUUGGGAGCAUGA